AUGGUUAAGUUCCUAGAAGAUUUUAAAGUCUGUACACAGGAAGUCACAGAGCUUCGCUUCCUUCUGCAUGGACCAGUUGGAACAGGGAAAUCCAGUACCUUCAACAUCAUCAAGAAUGUUUUUGAAGGACUAAAAAAAUACACCAUUGGAUGUGAGCACAAUGGAGAAUUACCUUUUGCCUUCUAUGAUGUCAUGGGCUUGGAAAAGGAGCAAAGGAGGGUGUACACUGAUGACAUCAUCAAAGCUGUAAAAGACCACAUCAAAAAUGACUAUGAAUUCAAACCUAAUUGUCCAUUAACUGAAGAUAGCAAAUAUUACAUUAGCAAACCCAACCUGAAUGAUCAAAUUCACUGUCUGGUGAGUGUUAUACCAGCAGACAAAAUUGGUAUUAUGGAUGGUGAAGUCAUCAAAAAAUUGAAGACAAUCCAAGACCAAGCAAGUAAACUGGGAAUCCCACAAAAGCUUUUCAUGACAAAAGUGGAUAAGGCAUGCAUACGGACAAAGAAAGAUCUGACCAUGAUCUACCAAAGCAAGAAGAUCAAGGAAAAAAUGACUGAGUGCAGUGAUUUACUGGGAAUACCAAUUAACUGCAUCUUCCCUGUGAAGAACUACCAUGAGGAGACUGAGAUGAAUGAGAUGAUAAACAGCUUGAUGCUCAGUGCCUUAAUACACACUGUACAUUCCGCUAACGACUACGUGAAGAGAACCAUUAAAGUUUAG